GAACGCGGAAGCAGCAGUAAGGUUUCCAUGUGGGAUUAGCUCUGUGUGUUUAUGAGCCGAUACAUUUUUACCAAGAGGUUGCUACUGAGCACCGAAUACAUUGUGGGUGCCGUAGUGGUGACAAAUUGGAUUUCUUGGGCAUUUUGUGGGAGCAGUUUUAUGUGUGCAAACGACGAAGCUGCAUCAGAAAGAAAUAAAAAUCUCGUCGUCUUUUUUUUACUGCUACCAGAACUCCCAGAUCCUUCAGCGACUAUAUGGGUUUAUUACUGUUUGCAUAAAUGAAUUCAUUUUAAAUGUUACACCUGGAAAGGCUCUUUUUUCAAACGAUUUCAAAUAAGAAUAAGAAGAAUGAAUGAAAAGCUCCUAAAAGAAUCCUUUAUAAGCAACUUGAAUGGAACAAGCAUUUCAGAAAUUACAGCAGGUUUAAGCAUAUCUUCUCUGUGCUUUCUUUUUAGAGGUUUAUUGCUUGUUCUGUAUCAGGAGAAGUAUGGUCCACUAAAUUAUUCCUGGAAAUUUCACCUUUCCUUGGAUUACUUUCUUCUUGUGUUUCCGCUCAUUCUAUCCUGCACAGUAUUUUCUGACUUCCUUUAUAUUUUUCCACUAAGUUACACAGCAGCUUGCACACUUUUAUUUUACAUUAUUUACAAAAGGAGGACUAACUGUGUAAAAGGACAAUUUAUCUGUAUCUUAAAAUCCUUCCUAAAUGUACAUGUCGAAGGUGAAACUAUACCACCUGUCACAAACCUUCGUGUUUUUCUAAAUAUCCUUACUGCCAUCUCUAUCCUUGCUGUGGAUUUUCCAGUGUUCCCUCGAAGGUACGCAAAAACAGAGACUUAUGGAACAGGUGUCAUGGACCUUGGCGUGGGAGGUUUUAUUUUUGCCAAUGCAAUUGUUUCUCCAGAAGCUAAAGCAAGAGAAGCUGUAACACUCAAUAGAUUUUCAAACCUUAAGAAGCAGCUAGUGUCUGUGUGGCCCCUUUUUAUUCUGGGGUUUGGAAGGCUAAUUUCUGUCAAAGCGGCAGACUAUCACGAACAUGUAUCAGAGUAUGGUGUUCACUGGAAUUUCUUUUUUACAUUGGCAAUCGUUAGAGUAUUAGCAUCAUUCCUGCUGGCUGUCUUCCCAGCAAAAAACUCAUGGGUUUUAGCUGCAACCUUUGUUUUUCUUUAUCAGUUAGCCCUUGAAACUACAGGCCUGAAGGACUUUGUUUUCUAUGGCAGCGAUGGAAAAGGCACAAGAGUUGGUUUCUUCAAUGCAAACAGAGAAGGGAUAGUCUCAGUCACUGGAUAUGUAGCCAUAUAUGUGGCAGGUGUGCAGGUUGGAAUAUAUGUUCUAAAGAAACGUGCAGUUCUCAAAGACUGGAUAUCUGCUUUGUGGAACCUUAUGAUAAUAGUGUUGUUGCUUUUUGCCAUUUUUCACUUAUUUCAGAUAUACAUUGAACCUGUUUCUCGCAGGUUAGCAAAUGUAACUUUUUUUAUUUGGAUUAUUGCACAGUGUCUCUCAUUCCUCUGUUUGAUAUUUGUAUGUGAUUUGAUUAUGGUGCUUGCUAAAUAUUUAGUCCCCGGAAGCAGAAUUCCAGGCACAUGGGUAAUAUGUAAAUCAUCAUUUUCAACAAAAAAAGGCACUAAAUUAAAAGAAGGCAAAAAAGAAUCCAGUUUCUGCCUAAUUCAAGCAGUUAGUAGGAAUCAGUUGCUUUUCUUUUUGCUGUCAAAUAUCUUGACUGGUUUGGUAAAUAUGAUGGUGAACACUAUGACUACCACCAGCUUCUUAUCACUACUUGUACUUGUUCUGUAUAUGUUUUGCACCUGUUUAAUAGUAUAUUUUCUUCAUAUCAAUAGUGUUACUGUAAAAUGGUGGUGAGUACAGAUUCUCAGUGCUGUUGCUAAAGUGGAGGAACCAGACUAUAAAGACUGACUGUACAUUACUUAGUAGGCCUAACCCCAUAACCUAAAGAUUGUGAAGGUGAUAAAUGAUCUAGUAAAGGCAAAAAAAAAUGUUUCCAAAUUUCACGACUGAUCAAGUUAAAUCCUUCAUAAGCAAUGUAAUAAUAAAACAAAGCUGCCUUAAUAAAAUUUUUUGUGUAUUUAAUUUUCGGGAUGUAUUUAUGGGAUAAAAACAUGUGAUUUCCUCAGAUCCCCCAGUUGUACGGGAUGAAGUUGAAAAAGUACAAAAAAAUUUAAUUUACUUUAAAAUCUCUACUACAUGGGUAGCUUGCCAGUUGACGUGACUGUGGGUACCAAAUGUAGAAUUUUCACACAGUAGAGAGAGAGACUUUUGUCACACUGACAUAAUGUAUAGGGCAGAUAUAUCAAAAAUCAAGUUGGUGUUUUUUAUUGAUUUAUUUUCCCAGUUUAUUAAAAUAUUUGAGAUUUUUAGGCUAAUUGAAAAUAAAUGGAACAAGGUGAUUUUUUUUGCUGACAUGUUACUUUUCUUCUGCAACAAAAUGCAAACAGUUAUUUAGCUGAAUUUUACGUGAUUUUUUUCUUUUUUAAACACCUUGUGUCACAUAUUAGGCACAUACUAGCGAUGUGCAAGCUAGCCCAA